GGGGUAAAUUUGUCUCAGGAUGUGACAUCAUCAACAGGAAAACAGGAGAGUAAGCAGCUCUGAUGUAACCCUCCCCUGUCCCAGCACUCUAGUGAAAAGUGUUAGAUUGAGUAUGCAGAGAGGAAAACACCAAACUGCGGUUGUGUUAAAUUGAGCCUAUAACAAUAUCAUCUCCUCCCCCCCCCCCCCCGUUCCAGCUUCCUGUAACAACUGUGAAGAUCCUGCAGACGAGAGAGAGAGAGAAACACAUUGUUGGGACACCAAACAGACACUAUACGCUGGAGGAAACUGAAUAGAUAGGAUACAGAUCAAGAUCCAUGACCUUCCAUACGAAUUCCACCGUGCUAUUAUUUUACAAAAGAGCAUAAAAAUGUCAAAACUUGUGUCUGGUUGGCCAGGCGAUGCCAAUGAGGAGUAAAAAGGAAAGUGAAAACUGCCAGAAUGCAAUACACAGAUGGCUGCAGCAAGUUGUGGAGAACAAACGAAUUAAAAUAUCUGAAGCUCUAAGAUACUAUUGGCUUAAACCAAGAAAAAAACAAACUUUUGUUUGUAUAUUGGACCCCUUUUUGUUUUUAAAAGGAGAGAUUGGUAUCCCUUUGUAUUUUUUUGAAAGAUGGCCCUUUGCCUGAAGCAAGUCUUUAAUAAAGACAGGACUUUUCGACCCCGAAAGAAGUUUGAGCCUGGAACCCAACGCUUUGAGCUCUUCAAGAAGGCGCAGGCCUCACUUAAAUCUGGUGUCGAUCUCAAGACUGUAGUUCAGCUACCUGCAGGGGAAAACCUCAAUGACUGGAUUGCAGUCAACACCGUAGAUUUCUUCAAUCGCAUUAACCUCAUCUAUGGUACCAUUUGUGAGUAUUGCACCGAAAGGAGCUGUCCCGUCAUGUCUGGUGGUCUCAAGUAUGAGUACAGGUGGCAGGAUGAGCACAAGUAUAAGAAACCAACCAAAGUAACUGCUCCACAGUAUAUGAAUUUGCUCAUGGACUGGAUUGAGGCCUUGAUCAAUAAUGAGGAAAACUUCCCCACUCGUGUUGGUGUUCCUUUCCCCAAGAAUUUUAUGCAACUCUGUAAGAAGAUUCUCACGAGACUUUUCCGAGUCUUUGUUCAUGUUUACAUCCACCACUUUGAUCGGAUUACUGCCAUGGGAGCAGAAGCCCACGUCAAUACCUGCUACAAGCAUUUUUACUACUUUGUGACAGAGUUUGACUUGACUGAUGAGCGGGAGUUGGAGCCUCUGAAAGUGAUGACAGAGAAAAUUUGCCAUUGAUCCCAGCUUGAGAGAGGCAUCGCAGCAAGUCUCUCCAGUGACAUAAAAAUUGAGCCAUUUACUGCCUUGAACAGAAGAUUACCAGGAAGUCAAAUGCUACAAUCUGAAUCCUUGUGAAGAUUUCCCAUGGGAAAUCAUUAAAAGCAUAAGUUAAGAAUUCCUAAAAAUACUUCAUGGGAAUAGAUUGAUGGUGAUGGAAUACAUACUGCAUUUAGAUGGCUAUCACUCACAUCCUCCCUCUUUGUUCUCAAAUCUGAUGCAAUCCAGUCAAUUGAAAGUAGUUCAGCUCUCCACAAAUGUACUUAGAUUCCCAAACAAACGUUUCCAUGCUGUACAUCUCUAUGACUCUAUGACCUGGUUGAACACUGACACAGGCCAACAGAUCCUUGUCACUUCAUUACGACUGUUUGUUCCUAAAUUACUUGGUUUAUAAAAUGUUCUUGACUUAAUUGAGGAUUCCUAUGACAAUAUAUUUAAAAACUAAGUGGCCGCCACCAUCCACUCCUCAUAUUUCUGAUGUCACAUUGGCAAUGGAUGUACAUUUCAUCAGAGUACCUCCUGGAGCAUUUAGAUACUACAGAGCAAAAAUAUACUGCUUUAGCAUCAGCUGCCAGGAAUCAGAAACUAUAUUGACUGCAAACCAAAAGUUUUCAGACGUGUGCAAGACUAUUGAGGUUCCAUCCUGCCAUGACACAAGGGGAUUAAGGAUAUGCUAUCAAGAUCAACCAAUACCAUUCCAGCUCUGGAUCAUCCAGGAUCUGAUCUGUGUCCUAUGAGCACUGGGCAUAAAAUACCAGCGGCCCUACACCAUCUGUGGUAAAAGGACAGAUUAGUUUUUACUCAGUUAGUGUAAUAAUUCAAAAUAUCCUCAUUUUUAGUUUAUAAAUUAAUUCUUGUCUCCCAUACAGUGAACAGUCUAAUGCAGUAGAAUUACUAGGAGUCCAAGGAUGAUACUGCAGACUUUUAAAUUUUUACCAAAACAGUAACAUGGCAGGAAACUCGGAUACAGAAGUUGUACAUUAUUUUGUCAAGAAGAAAAAUUAUUCAUCUGUGAUACAUCAAGAGCUGAAGGGCUUAUACCCAAAACAUUGAUUCUCCUAUGCCUCGGAUGCUGCCUGACCUGCUGUGCUUUUCCAGCACCACACUCUUGACUCUGAUCUCCAGCGUCUGCAGUGCUCACUUUCUCCCAUGUCAAAAGCUGACUCUGAGAAUACAGAAAUGAGAUUUGACAGGAAUAAAAUGUUUGCUUUUAUUGAAUAUUUAAUGUUCUUUUAGACUAUUUAAAAUUGAGGCAAUUUAGUCUCACACUGUCAGAUCAGAGUAACAUGCCAGCUUUUGCACUUUCAAAAUCUGUCAAAUAACUGCUUGAAGUCACCUCAUAUGAAACUUAGUCAAAAUGUGUGGUGCUGGAAAAGCACAGCAGGUCAGACAGGAGAAUUGAUGUUUCGUCCCGAAACG